AUGGCAGCUGGACCCAUAGCCGAAAGGAAUCAAGAUGCCACCAUAUAUGUUGGCGGUCUUGAUGAUAAAGUCUCUGAAACCUUGUUGUGGGAACUUUUUGUACAGGGCGGACCUGUUGUUAACGUGCACAUGCCUAAGGACAGAGUCACACAAAUGCACCAAGGUUAUGGCUUUGUUGAAUUUUUAAGUGAAGAUGAUGCGGACUAUGCUAUAAAAAUAAUGAACAUGAUAAAAUUAUAUGGAAAGCCAAUAAGAGUGAAUAAGGCAUCAGCACAUCAAAAGAAUUUGGAUGUGGGUGCUAACAUAUUCAUUGGAAACCUAGACUCAGAAGUUGACGAGAAAUUGCUCUAUGAUACUUUUUCCGCAUUUGGUGUAAUAUUGCAAACACCAAAAAUAAUGCGAGAUCCAGAAACGGGCAAUUCGAAGGGCUUUGCUUUUAUAAAUUUUGCUAGUUUUGAAGCAUCGGAUGCAGCGAUGGAUGCGAUGAAUGGGCAAUAUCUUUGUAACCGACCUAUAUCUGUGUCGUAUGCUUUUAAAAGGGAUUCGAAGGGUGAGCGUCAUGGAUCAGCAGCAGAAAGGCUUUUAGCCGCACAAAACCCGUCUUCACAUGCCGACAGACCACAUCAGCUAUUUGCGGACGCUCCAGUUCCGAAUAUGAUUCCUGUUAUGCCAGGACAAAUUAUACCCCCUCCAUUAUUGGCACCACCGCCCCCCCCGACUGCGAAUACAUCCGCCAUGUUACCACCUCCUCCGCCAGUUCCUCCGCCACAGGCAUCGUUUGUACCUCCACCUCCCUUACCACCUAUUGGUGGGGCUCAAACUUUGCCACAUCCGGUAGGAAUUCCUCCUCCACCCAGGAUGUUACCCCCCGGUGCGUGGCCAUCUGGAACUCCUGCCCCACCUCCACCAAACUGGAGACCACCCUCCAAUUUUGCCCCAGCGCCGUUUCCUCCUACACAAUUUAAUGGCGAGCAACCAGUCGGUUUCCAAUAUUAA